GUAUUUCUUUCUAGUCGUUUGUUGUCAUACUUGUAAACAUAUCCAAAAACCACAGGAAUUCCCAAGUCACGUAUUCUGACAAAGAAAAAACAAACCCUAUUUUCCAAAACCGUGAAAUAAGAGAGUAACGUCUAAUUUUUUCUGCUAGAAUGUCGUUCACAAAAUAUCCGAAAAACUAUCAUCAAAAUGGACUAGGAUGGCAAAAUACAUCGGCAUUAAGUUAUCCAUCUCAACAACCAGAUAACAGGGCUGUUCCACCAAGCACCACCAAUUUAUAUCCAGGAUUUCAAGCAUUUUCAAAUCCAUUUCAAAUGCCUCCAUUACCAGGCUCCACCAAUCAUUAUGACAGCGCUCGCUUAUCGUAUGGAUUCGCUCCGAAUAUAACAGCAUGCCAUAUACCAAAUGAACAAAAACCGCAAGCAAUCACUCAACCAAGCGGUCCAUCGAUUGGUUGGGCCUUACAAAAUGAUUUGACUGAUGGUUGUACACAUUCUACACCUGCUAACGAUAGUCCAGUCGAAAAACAAGUGGAAAUCCCUUGUCAAGCCAUUAUUGUACCAGAUGAAGAUAUGCCGAUUUAUUCGUUUGGUUAUCCAUCGUUGAGUGAGAGAGGAAGAGGUCCACGUAGUGAGCAAGACUAUACUACUUUGCGGGAUUAUUGUUUGGAGAAUGGAACACUGUUUGAAGACUCCGAAUUUCCGCCGAUUGAUUCAUCUCUGCAAUUUUCGCGACGAAUGGAUCGUCGAGUUGAAUGGCUACGCCCCAGUGAAAUAGCUCACGAUCCUCAGUUUUUCGUUGAAGGAUUUUCGCGAUUCGAUGUGCAACAAGGUGAAUUGGGUGAUUGUUGGCUACUAGCGGCCACAGCAAAUUUGACUCAAAACCCAAAAAUGUUUUUCCGAGUUGUUCCCGAUGAUCAGGACUUUGAAGAUAAUUAUGCUGGAAUAUUUCACUUCAGAUUUUGGCAAUAUGGUAAAUGGGUCGAUGUGGUCAUUGAUGACCUACUACCGACAUAUCGUGGAGAACUGCUAUAUAUGCGAUCAACCGAGCAGAAUGAAUUUUGGAGCGCAUUGCUAGAAAAAGCCUACGCAAAAUUACACGGGUCAUACGAGGCUUUGAAGGGUGGUACAACAUGCGAGGCUAUGGAAGAUUUCACUGGUGGCGUAACUGAAAUGUAUGACUUAAGUGAAGCGCCACCGAAUUUAUUUAAUAUUUUGUUGAAAGGCUACGAACGAAACUCAAUGAUGGCUUGCUCAAUUGAACCUGACCCUUCCGUUUUUGAAGCAGAAACACGCGAAGGCUUGAUAAAAGGUCACGCAUAUUCAAUUACUAAAAUUGAACUCAUGGAUAUUUCAACGCCAAAUAAAUCGGGAAAAAUACCAAUGUUGCGCAUACGAAAUCCUUGGGGAAACGACGCAGAAUGGAACGGACCUUGGAGCGAUUCAUCACCUGAGUGGCGAUAUAUUCCGGACCAUGAAAAAGAGAGAAUCGGAUUGACUUUUGAUCAUGAUGGCGAGUUUUGGAUGAGUUUCCAAGAUUGGAUGAAAUAUUUUGAUCGGGUUGAAAUUUGCAAUCUUAGCCCUGACUCGCUGACCGAGGAGCAGAUAAGUGGUGGAAAAAAACGAUGGGAAAUGUCCGUAUUUGAAGGUGCAUGGGUGCAGGGUGCCACAGCCGGUGGCUGCCGUAAUUAUUUGGAGACAUUUUGGCAAAAUCCACAGUAUACUGUUGCACUUGAAACACCAGAUGAAAACGACGACGACGGACUGUGCACAUUGAUUGUUGCAUUAAUGCAGAAAAAUCGACGUUCGAGACGAAAUGUGGGCAUGGACUGUUUAACCAUUGGAUUUGCCAUUUAUCGAGUUACCGAACGUGACAUGAUGAGUAAACCAAUUAGAAUGAAUUUCUUCAAGUACAAUGCAUCCGUUGCUCGCAGUCCAGCCUUUAUAAAUUUACGUGAGGUCAGUUGCCGCUUCAAAUUACCCCGAGGAAACUAUCUAAUCGUCCCAUCUACGUUUGAGCCAAACGAAGAAGGGGAAUUUUUAAUAAGAGUUUUUUCUGAACAGUGUUGCAAUAUGGAAUGUUCUAAUGCCUAUUAAGUUAUAAGAAAUCUACUGUAGCUGUGUCAAAUAUGCUAUAACUUAUAUCGGCUUGUUUGAAUUGAUAUAAUCAGAAAUGUGUCUUAAUGUUGAUAGAAAUCAUAUCGAAUCACUUAUUAUAUGAACAAAUGUGUUGCACAAAUUGCCAUGCUUUUUUUUACGAAUAUAAGGUAUCACUUAGCAUUUUUAUUACAAUAUUCCAUGACUAAAUGUAGAUCUGACAUUAAAAAUGUGGAAUAUAUAUAAACAGACAAUAUAUUUAGCUGCCGUCAUCUGGAUAUUUCAGCUCAUCUGGAUGCCGUCAGCAGUGAAAACAAUAGAAGUGAUUGU